CUGCCCCUGGUUCUCCUGACUGACUGGCUUCCAAUGUCUAUCAAAUCGCUAGUAUCGUGGUAGCAGCAGGACUAACACAGAGUAGGCGGGCGGGUACUGUGUGAAGGAGGAUGCGCCACACGGUCCUAGCGCCCUGCAGUGCCGUAGGAACAGCAACUGAAUAGCCACUUAGGCCUUCCACGUACUGUACACGAUGGGCCCCCCGAAUUUGGCGGUGCUUUUUUGGCACUUUGAGACAGGACCCCCCCUUCUUUCCAAGUUUUUUUUUUCCCAAUUCCCCCCCUGUGGAUACAUCUUAAUUUUUUUCUGGAAUGAUUCCUAUGGUAGUGGAAAAAAAAAAGAUGAAGUGAGGGUGUCAUAAUAGUAUUUGCUUUCCU